AGUGGGUGGCAACUGAACCGAUUAAGCAUCCAUUAGAGAGAACCGAUCGCGAUAGAAACGGGUUUCGUAGAGUGUCGAUUGCUGUGAACAAGAUUUUCUGGAUUUCGAAAAAUCGGAGAGGAUUAUCAUAAGUAAAAUCGGUUUGUUAUUAUCCAUUUAUUAUUAUGUUGCAGAGACCCCGUAGAAGGUGUGAAGGCACAGCCAUGGGUGUCAUCGUUCUUGAUCUUCGUCCCGGACUCGGAAUUGGUCCUUUUUCUCUCGGAAUGCCUAUAUGCGAAGCAUUUGCACAGAUAGAACAACAACCCAACAUCUAUGAUGUCGUUCAUGUCAAGUACUUUGAUGAGGAUCCAUUAAAGCUGGAUGUUGUAAUAAGCUUUCCAGAUCAUGGCUUUCAUCUUCGUUUUGAUCCAUGGUCUCAGAGGCUUCGUCUCAUUGAGAUUUUUGAUGUCAAAAGGCUUCAAAUGCGCUAUGCAACAUCACUCAUCGGAGGUCCAUCAACUCCAGCUACUUUUGUAGCUGUUUAUGCUGUAUUCGGGCCAACAUUUCCUGGAAUAUAUGACAAAGAAAGAGGCGUCUACACUCUUUUCUAUCCUGGCCUAUCAUUUGCUUUUCCAAUUCCCUCUCAGUAUACAGACUGUUGCCAUAAUGGAGAAGCUGAAUUACCCUUGGAAUUUCCCGAUGGAACUACUCCAGUGACAUGUCGUGUAUGCAUAUAUGACAGCUCAGCAGAUAGUAAAGUUGGUGUAGGAUCAUUGAUGAAUAAAGCUUCUGCCCCUUUACUUCCUAAUGGUAGCCUCUACAUGGAAGAAGUCCAUGUUAAGCUAGGUGAAGAAUUAUGGUUUACAGUAGGUGGACAGCAUAUCCCUUUUGGUGCUUCCCCACAAGACAUUUGGACUGAAUUAGGUCGACCAGAUGGAAUUCAUCAAAAACAGGUUGAUCAAAUGGUAAUUCAUUCUGCUUCAGAACUACGCCCUAAAACAACUCUUUGUGGAGAUUACUUUUACAAUUACUUUGCUCGUGGAUUUGACAUAUUAUUUGAUGGCCAGACUCAUAAGAUUAAAAAGUUUGUGCUACAUACAAACUAUCCAGGACAUGCGGACUUUAAUUCAUACAUAAAGUGCAAUUUUGUCAUCCAUGCUACAGAGUUUGAUGGUGCUUUUCAUCAAGAUAUGAGUUCCCCAAAAAGUAGUAGGAUUACACCUGGCACGAAAUGGGAUCAAGUCAAGGAAAUUCUUGGAGAUUGUGGAAGAGCUGCUAUUCAAACACAAGGCUCUACAAGCAAUCCUUUUGGGUCUACUUUUGUGUAUGGCUAUCAAAAUGUUGCUUUUGAGGUUAUGAAGAACGGGUAUAUUGCUACUGUGACUCUUUUCCAGUCAUUCUAACUUCUUUAUGAAUGAAGUGGAUAUAUGUGUUGUACAGAUGUAAGAAGCAGUGUUACCUUUUUAUGUUUGAUAAAAGGGAGAAAGUUGUUAGAACAUGAAGUUGAAAAAUGUACAGUGUAUAAUUUGGAGAUUUGACAUUUGUGUCACAUUAUUGUGUGAUUUCUGCCUCUCUAAAAAAGAAAAAAGAAAAAAGAAAACAAAGUGAUGAUUGUAAAGGGUGUUUUUUUGCACCAGACUUUCUUGU